AUGUCGUUUGGCAUUGGUAUCGGCGACGCGAUCGCAGUGGGAGAACUCUGUUGGAAGCUUUAUCGACAAGUAUACGAAGUGUCGCGCGAUGCGCCAGAUGAACUCCGAUCGAUUAAGGAAGAGCUCGGCGAUAUGGCCAACACCGUCCAAGUUCUAGUCGAAGAUGCUAAAAACCCAAAUUCGCCGCUUGUCCAAUCUGGACCCGACUGUGUCAACACUGCAAACAAUAUACUGAAAAGGACUGGUGAAGUUCUGGGUCAGCUACAAGAGUUCUCGGAAAAACAUAGUAUUCUGCGGCCUCCUACCGAUGGAAAUACGCGGAAGAGAUUUCCGAAAGUGGCUUGGGAUAAAAUAAAAUAUGCGAAAGAAUUACCAAAGCUCAAUGAUUUGCGGGCAAAGCUCAACUAUCAAAACUCUCAGAUGAAUUUGCUCCUACUUUCUAUCAACAACUCAUCUUUAGAGCGGAUACAGGCCCAGAACCAAAAGGUCAUAGACUCGAUCGAAGAAAUAAAGCGGUCCAUGAACAUACCGGGACCCUUCUCUCUUCAAUCUCAAGGAAAAAACCUAGGAGAUUCCUACCAAGCGGCCACAAAGUGGUAUGGAAAUGCUUCCUAUCGUGAGCUGGCACGUAUCAUUGAAGAGAAAUCCGAGAUGGCUGGCCAACUAUGGACAUCAAUUGGCAUUGACAACUGGAUUCAAGCAGGGAAAUGGUGGCUAAUGAAAGCUCAAGCUUACCUUUACACUACACCAACCAACACACAAAACUAUUAUCAAGCUCAUGCAGAUCUCUUCAAGGCCUCUUGGAUACUCACAGAUAGAAUCCCGCAGCAUCCACAAAGAACCUUCUUCUCGACUGGAUCCCAGAACUGGUCUAUCCUUGAUCUCGCGGAUAUUGUCAAAGCCGAGCAUCAACGAAUUGAAAACCUUGCACUAUUGGGGCCUGGUGUCGACCGAUUACGCAACUGCAGUUUGAACAUAUGGACGUCAGCUUCGAAAACUCUACUGGUGUCAAGCGCUUUCUCGGCAGCAGACGGCCCCGUAUAUCGUUGGAGAACUGGAGCGGGAGAGAUUGUAUACCAAGAGCACAGAGUCGAGAACUGGACCUCCUUGUUCAAACUUCUGAUGGCCAAGAUAUCCUCCGAAUAG